CCUUAUAAAAAUAUAUACUUAAUUUUGGAUCUUUUUGUUUGAUUGAGAUUCAGCUUUCGAUUCCAUCAAGGUGUUCUUCUGUCAUAUGGAUCAUUAAUGAAGUGCUUGAGGUACUUACUUAUAAGAGAGUUUGGUGUUCAAUAAUUUGUGGAAUCUAGCUGUAUUCUUCAGACCAUGGCUAUGGCUCCUACUGUCAAAGUGGUUCUAGGCUCUUUUGCCUUUGCUGUAUUCUGGGUCUUGGCUGUUUUUCCUGCUGUCCCCUUUAUGCCAAUUGGAAGAACAGCAGGGUCUCUUCUUGGUGCCAUGCUCAUGGUUCUUUUUCAAGUUAUAACCCCAGAUCAAGCUUAUGACUCUAUUGAUCUUCCAAUCCUUGGUCUUCUUUUUGGAACAAUGGUUGUAAGUGUUUAUCUUGAAAGAGCCGAUAUGUUUAAGUAUUUGGGUAAGUUGCUUGCGUGGAAAAGCCAGGGAUCGAAGGACUUACUCUGUCGAAUCUGCUUGAUAUCAGCGAUUUCAAGUGCUUUUUUCACUAACGAUACGUCUUGUGUUGUUUUGACGGAGUUUGUACUUAAGAUUGCAAGGCAACAGAACCUCCCACCCCAUCCAUUUUUGCUAGCACUUGCUUCAAGUGCAAAUAUUGGAUCUGCCGCCACACCAAUAGGUAACCCUCAAAAUCUAGUGAUAGCAGUUCAAAGUAAGAUCCCAUUUGGGGAAUUCUUGUUUGGGAUUGUGUCUGCAAUGGUGGUGGGCAUUUGUGUAAAUGCUGUCAUUCUUUUAUGCAUGUUUUGGAAGGUGUUAUCUGUUCAGAAAGAUGAAGAAGAACCUCCAGUUGAUGUAACCCCCAAAGAAAAUGUGAACUUCCACAGGUUUUCACCAGCCACAAUGUCACAUCAGAAUUCUCAUGAACUCGAUGCUAUUAUGGAGGCCACGAGUGUUCACAGCUCACCGGGUGUUAAUGGGAACAUAGAUAACACUCUUAGGAACCGUGCUAUUUCUGGCGAGGAUGAAGAUUCAAAUGGUUUAAAAGAUGCCACAGAUAACGGAUCAUUGCAGAAGAGGGAUGAAAGGGUUAUUUCAAGGGUUUCAUCAAUGAACAGGCUCUCGAAUGCAAUUUCUGAUUUGGGUUUGGAGGAAAUUGAGGAAAAGUCAGCUAAAUGGAAGAUAGUACUAUGGAAAACAGGAGUGUAUCUUAUUACAAUUGGAAUGUUGGUUUCAUUUCUAGUGGGAUUAAACAUGUCAUGGACCGCCAUUACAGCUGCAUUGGCUCUCGUGGUUCUUGAUUUCAAGGAUGCUCGACCAUGCUUGGAGAAGGUUUCUUAUUCGCUGUUGGUAUUCUUUUGUGGAAUGUUUGUGACCGUCGAAGGCUUUAAUAGAACAGGAAUCCCAAGUGCGGUAUGGGAUUUCAUGGAACCUCUUGCCCAAAUUGACCACGUUAGUGGUGUAGCGAUUCUUGCAAUUGUCAUAGUUCUUCUCUCAAAUCUGGCUUCAAAUGUUCCAACCGUGCUACUGCUUGGAGCAAGGGUGGCAGCAGCCGCGGCUACUAUUUCACCGGAAAAGGAGAAGAAAGCAUGGCUAAUAUUGGCGUGGGUUAGCACUGUGGCUGGAAACCUUUCGCUACUAGGAUCAGCGGCCAAUCUGAUUGUUUGUGAACAAGCUCGUCGUGCUCAACAUUUCGGAUACAAUCUUACGUUCUGGGCUCAUCUCAAAUUUGGUGUUCCCUCCACCAUCAUAGUUACAGCUAUUGGUUUGUUACUUAUAAGGGAUUAAACGUACAAAAUUCAAUGUGAUUAUACCACUUUUUCAAAGUAAUCAUUUUUUAGGUACUGAAAAA